UCUCAUAUAUCAUAACGGUUUUCAGGCACGAUUCAAAUCGUCCGUCAAGACCGUCGAAGUAACAUACAAGAUGUCCUGGCUGGUGAUAUUAGCUUUAAUCAACGCUGUCAUAGCGACCAAAGGAUUACUAAACGAACCAAGUGAAUAUUCGUAUCAUAACGAUGAGAAGUUAAAGAAAAUAGUAGAAGACGUGUUAUCAGAAAUGGAAAACGACGACGUCCAUUCUCGGAUUUUUGCGGUCAACGAGGCUCACAGAAAGUAUCGAGAUCAGACUCAAGCAACCAGACCCCCGGCUGAAAUCGAUGUGGACGAGAAUAUCAUCGAGACUAACUUAGAGCAAGGUGUCAAUCUAUUUGAAGGAGAUAUUGAUCUCACUCCUGAAGAAGCUGCAAUGCUAAAGGAGAGUGGUACCCUACAGAAGCGAACCGCUGGCCAGCAAAGUCGCAGUAAUUUUUGGCAUGACCGUUUCGUUCCCUACAUGAUAGCUCCGUCACUGAAAAGUAAACGUCACCUCAUCCGAAAAGCAGUCCGCAUUUUCCAACGUGAUACGUGCUUGAAGUUCGCCGAAAUAACGAGUUACAGAUCGAAUACCAAUUACAUCUACAUCGACAUGAGAGAUGGAUGUCACUCCACGAUUGGUAAAGUAUCAAGAAAGACUCGACAAGUUUUAUCGRUAGGACAUGGUUGUCAUGACAUCGGAACCAUCUUGCAUGAGAUGACGCAUGCUAUAGGAUUCUGGCAUGAGCAAUCAAGGCCAGACAGAGACAAGUACGUAAGAGUGCGAUGGGAAAACAUUACACCAGGACAAGAACACAAUUUCAAAAAACAUGGAAUCAGUUCUGUGGACUCGUUAAACCUUCCCUACGACUAUGAAAGCAUCAUGCAUUACGGCAAGAAAGGCUUUUCAAUUAAUGGRGGCAAUACUCUAGAGAAGAUUGAUGACCCAAAAGCCAAGCUAGGAAGUGCUUCAAGAAAGGAUACUGGGUUCAGCGCAUACGACAAGAUGGCGAUAAAUGCCCUGUACGAGUGCAGCAAGUUUCCAGGUAGCUAUCGCGGGUUUUCAAGCUGGUCCAAGUGGAUGCCCUGUAACUGGAAUUGCAGGCGGUAUCGUGAACGGUUCUGCAUGAACGUAGCCAACGAUUACUGGCGGGAGAAGCUGUGCCCAGGAGCAAAUCGUAGAGGUGUUCACACAGAAUACAAACAAUGUUCAAAAAGUGAAUGUGGUCCAAUCGACGGAGGUUGGUCGAUGUGGGGAGCCUGGAGCUCAUGUAAUGCAAAGUGUGGAUCAGGAACAAGGACUAGGAAGCGAACAUGCGACAAUCCGUUUCCAAUGCGUGAUGGGAAGUCGUGUCCUGGUAGUGACACUGGUACUGGAAAGUGCACUGUUGGAAAGUGCAGGCUGGGUUAUUAUGAAACUCAGUUUGAUAAUUAUAAAACUGGAUCAUGGAAAGUUGAAGGAAGUGGUUACAAAAAAUGGAGAGUGGAAGAUUUAUACCGUGAUCCUGGUCCUAAAGGCGACCACACUAGCGGAAAAGGGACGUGGCUCUACUACCCAACGGCCAAAAUGGAUUUCCAAAGGAAUCCCAACCAAAAAGCUCGCCUUGUAAAUACGUUUGGUUGGGGGGAUCCAUUCUGCCUGACUUUCUGGUAUGUCAUGGACGGKCCGUCGGUAGGAACGCUUACAGUCAAUAUCAAGAUACGCAUGCGCAACGAUAAGAGACAAUGGACAGUCUUCACGGCWAAGGGGUCCAAAGGAAGAGAAUGGCAUUUUGCAGAAGUAUUUAUAAACGUUAAAGACAAGAACUUCCAGAUAUUUAUCGACGCAGUUGGAACAGGAAGUAAAGAACAAGGAACCAUUGCUCUUGAUGAUUUGUACAUGCUGAAUAGUAAAUGCCCCAGUAUUCCCGCUACCCCCAAACCAACAACCCCUCCAUGCGUAGACAUCAACCAAAAGUGCAAGACUUGGGCGUAUGAAGGAGAAUGUGAGAAAAGACCCAAAUACAUGAACAAGUUUUGUAGGAAGAGCUGCGUUUGUCAACCCAUUAAAUGCAAYGAUACGCACAAAAAGUGUGCAUAUUGGGCAGAUAAAGAUGAAUGCGACAAGAACCCUGGUUGGAUGAAAAAGAACUGCUGUGUUUCGUGUCGAUUAGCCAAAUCAUGCGUUGAUAACAAGAAAUGGCAAGCAAAGUGUCCUGGAUGGGCAAAGAAAGGGGAAUGUGAUAAAAACAAAAACUGGAUGACUAAAAAUUGCUGCAGAAGCUGUCUCAGACAGGGAAGGUAGCAAGACAACURAACCGUUUCUCGUGUACAAAGAGCGAUUCAUACAUAAAGCUGACUGAUAUAUCACAUGUACCAUCUUGAGGCAUUUUCAACCUCUUGCUGAUAAAUACCUUCGUUCACUGGUGAUCAUUGUGAAGUGUUUUUAUAAAAGAACAAAAAAUAAAAUAAACAUCAGUC